GCACCGUCCGAGCCCGGCGCGGCUGGUUCGCAGCCCCGGCCCAGCUCACGGGCCCCCUGCGGCCGCUCCAGCCCCCGCCCUGCGAGCAGCAGCAGCGCGCUCCGCGGGGACCGGAGCAUGCGGACCGCACCAAGUCUCCUGCAAGGGGGGGGCAAUGCGUGAGGGGGGGAGCCGAGCGAGCGUGUUUCAAGAGGGCGGAGGGGGGAAACGUUCGGAAAGAUUCUCCCGUCCCCCUACGCUCGCAGCCCUAAUGGUCCGUUCCGCGUGCUCUAUUUAAUCCCCUGCUGCAGCAGCCGCCCUGGCUUCAGUCAAUAGCAGGUAUCGUCGCUGUCGCGCGUGGCUGUGGGCGCGGGCCGGACGCUCGCUUCCCGCGGGGCUGAGCCGUGGAGGAUCCCCGCAGCCCUAGAGCCACCAUGCUGCCGCCGGCGCUGACCCUGCUGCUGCUCCUCGGCUGCCUGGAGGCGGGCAGCGGGACCCUCUCGCACGACGGCACACCAGCUGGAGAGACAAUCCCUGCUGGCCUGGCAAGCAAAGCAACAGAGGAGAUUGCAGAAAUUUAUCAGGGAGCAAGCACGAGUGCAGCGGCAGUUGCUUCAGACACUGAGAGCCAGCCUACGACAUCUGAUGAGACAGUGGUGGCAGGUGGCACCGUGGUGCUGAAGUGCAAAGUGGAGGAUCCCGACGACUCCUCACUGCAGUGGUCCAACCCAGCCCAGCAGACGCUCUACUUUGGGGAGAAACGAGCGCUCCGGGAUAACAGGAUCCAGCUGGUGAAGUCCACACCCAACGAGCUGGCCAUCAGCAUCAGCAACGUGGUGCUGGCGGAUGAGGGCGAGUACACCUGCUCCAUCUUCACCAUGCCUGUGCGGACGGCCAAGGCCCUCGUCACCGUGCUGGGAAUCCCCCAGAACCCUCAAAUCUUUGGCUAUGAGCUGCCCAUCCGAGAGACGGAGAUGGCCCAGCUGACGUGCCGAUCCUCUGGCAGCAAGCCAGCUGCCCAGCUCCACUGGAAGAAAGGCAACAAGGAGCUGCAAGGUGGGGCCCUCGAGGUGAUGGAAGAUUCCAACGGGAAAACCUUCACUGUCACCAGCCGCGUUGAGUUCACCGUCACCAAAGAAGACAACGACGUGGAUGUGACCUGCACAGUGGAUCAUGAGUCCCUGCAGAACUCGGAGAGAUCCGCAAGCCAGAAACUGCAGGUCUACUUUAAGCCAACAGCAACGAUCGAGCCGGACCCCCCCUACCCCAGGGAGGGCGAGGAGCUGCGGCUGCAGUGUGAAGUCCAGGGCAAUCCGAUCCCCCAGGAGUUCCUGUGGACGAAGGAGGGCAGCGAUGUUCCCCUGCGUCCAAACACCAACCGUGUCCUCACCCUCCCCUUCCUCAACAAGAGCGACAGUGGCACCUACAUCUGCAUGGCCACCAGCACCAUGGGUAGCGUUGUAGUGAGGUACAACCUGGACAUCAAUGAUUUUUCCCAGCUCCCCACCCCACAUGUUCACUCCACUCCAGCCCCUUCGUCAGGCCCUUCCCAGUCCACCACUCAUGUUACCAUGGCUACUGCUUCAUCCUUCACUCCAGUCGCUGUCCAAGACGCCAGCCCGAUGUCUUCCUCCUCUGGCACAUACCAUGCUGUGAUCGGUGGAGUGGUCGCAGUCAUUGUCUUUCUGCUACUCAGCCUGCUCAUCGUCCUGGCACACUACCUAAUCAGGCACAAAGGUACCUACCUGACUCACGAGGCCAAAGGAUCAGACGAUGCCCCGGAUGCUGACACUGCCAUCAUCAAUGCGGAGGGAGGCCAGGGCAGUGGCGAUGACAAAAAGGAAUAUUUCAUCUAGGGGUGCAGGGUUGAGAGAAGAGAAAUGGAGCGAACAAACCCAGACGGAAAUGGAAACCGGACCACAAACCCCACUCAACCCAACAGAUUUUCUCUCGUGCCCUGGAUGGAUGGACGAACAGAGGGAUGGCGGGACAGAGACCAGAGAGUGACCGGCUUGACUCAUGAUGCUUCUCGAACUUGUAUAAAACGUUAUUACUAAAAACAUUGAAAGCCCCACCCCUGUUCGCUUGCUUGUACCUUCAUACCCAUGACCAACACUCGCACUAAACACACAGACAAGCCAGUGAGUGAGUGACACUUUCCUUCUUUCCUUUGGCCCCUUUGCUUUGGUUUUGUGGAUGCUCUUUGCUUUGGUUCCUUGGGUUGGAAUGUUGGGGUGGGGUCAAUGUCGCUCUUUCCGUUGCUGCUCUUCAUUUUGGUUCUGUUUACAUCCAAGGAUAAAAUCAGCCCUCAUGGUGGCUGCCUGCUGCCAUGGGCCUGGGCAGCCUGGGAUGCCCUUUCUGUUGCUUACGUUUCCUACCCGAGAACUGGGGCCACGAUUCCAUUGUGUUCCCCCAUCCUUGGCUCCUGCAUGGUGUUCUGAGCCAGACCUGUGGGAAUGACCCUAGGCUGAGGAUGGGAGGCGGUGACAUGGGGUCUUUCUCUGCCCCACAGCAGCAAACAAGCCAUGAGAGCCCAGGGGAAUGUCCAGCGAGAGCGAGGAGAUGGGGGAGCCACCCAGCCCGGCUCCUCUCCAGAGGGAUGUGCCCUCCCCGCAGCGAGAUGGGGAGGGGGGGCAGUAUUACACACCCAGCCUGCUGGGGCCCUGCACUGAUUUUAUCCUUGGAGGACAAUGUUCAUCUGGGAGGAGAACUGUCCUGUGUGUUACAUGUACAAAGGGGAGCCAGCUGCCAGGUGGGAAGCCGCUCAUAGGCUCCAGUGCCCACUGACACCCAAGGAGAGAGAUUCAAAUGCUGCAAGGUGACUUGCAGUGCUCAUGCAUGGUUCCAAGAAAGGCUGUAAAGUCUCAGAUUGGAGCCAGGACAAUAACCCAUCCGUUGAGAUGCUCAGUGCAAGGAAACCAUCCUUGUGUAUCUUCCCUGUGCCAGGGACUGAUGGGCAGAGCAGGGCCUUGGCGAGCCAGGUGACAGGGGUAAGAGUGUCCUGGUCCUCCAUGCUGCUGUCAUGCCUUUCCUGCUCUCUGACCAGUCAACCUGCCCCAGCGCCAAGGCCCGGGGAGCAUCUGGAGAUAGAAACAUUGCUAUGAUCACAGGUGACUUGGCCAAGGGGCAUCUUUCUUGUAGGCCACAAGUAGCUGAGCAGCCUCAUUCCCACAAACCAGCCACCCAGAAUCUGAAUCAUUACAGCUCAGAACCUGAGCGGCUGCGCCAGAGAGGGCGCUGGCAACCCCAGCUAAAGCCAGGGGAGGGAAUGAGCUUCAUGGCAGACUGCUCAACGGCCCAGGAAGUGUUCUCACAGGGACUGAGGUGCACGUGGUGGGGGAAGAAGCGAAGUUUGCUCAUCAGACCUCUCUGCUUUGGGAACCGUAAAUUCAGUCAGGGAGCUCCCUCCCCAGGCAAGAGCCUGAGAGCAGUGUCUCAAGCCACAGGGCUAUUACCUGUCGCCCACUCUCCAGAGUCGUAGCCCUGUUCCCUCCAGAGCUCGCAUGGCCCUCACCUGCUGUUGCCACCUUCGAAGAGCACACAGCAUUCCCCACUGAAGAACCCCAACCCAGCCCUUGAGAUGGGCUCCACCAGACAGCCUGGGAAGUGGGCAAGGGACUAAGCUAGAGAAGCCAGACUAUGGGGCGGGGGAGGAGGGGCUCAGCUGUCACAGUCAUGCUGGGGGUUCCUCUGAUUCCCCUCUGGGGUGUUCACUGUUAUCAACUCCCAUGAUUUUAUCAAGUGUCUCCUGAGAUUUGGUGUUUUUCUCAAAGCCCCAGCUCCUGGAGUCUUGUCGGACUAGAUGAUCAUAAUGGUCCCUUCUGACCUUAGUAUCUGUGAAUCUAUGAAUAGCUGAGCCUCUCAGCCUUCAUUUUUUAAAAGUACAUUUCUAGCCCUCCUGGUUGAAGAGAAAAGCUGGAGAAUAUGACAGGAAUGUGGCCUAAAGGCUGCAAUAAGAGAAGGCAAAUCCGCCGCCCCCAUCGCCAAAUUUAGAAUUUUUGAAAAUCUCACGAUUCUUCAGCCAGUCUCAGGAUAUUGGGGAGCCUGACUCAUUGCUUUUGAGCAUGCGAGGCUGGGUCUUGGCCCCUGCGAUAGGCAGGAACGGUGUGGCAUCUGCCGACUGAGUGCAUGAGAUGGUGAUCAGGUCAUCAGAGAGCCACCUGGGAAAUGAUAUCAGUCCAUUUGCAUUACCUGGCCCCUUCCCGGGGGGCUGCUGUAAUUUUCACUGGUGAGAUGCUGGGGGAAAGGACCCAGCAGGGACUGAUGGUGGCUGCUGCUCCUUCCAACAGAGGCACGACAGCAAGUGCUAGCAGAGGGGCCUGGCCAGCGGCAAGGUUGUGUGGGCAGCAGAGACUGGACACAAGGGCUGACUGAGGCUGUCUCACCCCUGGGGAACAGGGAACUAAGACCUGGACCCCAACCCCCAGCACCCAACAUACAGGCUUCAACAAAUGAGCGAAAGGCUUCUCUUCUCUUUGACAGACACUAACCAGCCCCACCCCCCCACACACAGAGCCAGUGCCCCACGUGCCACUCCUCUUGGCACAAUUCAACACCAGCCUGGCAAGCCAGGCUGAGUCCCAGAACCAGGCCUCAGGCUAUGAUAGCUCCAUGCACUGCUGGGAACAGGCACAAUUACGGUGUAACUCACCCUACCCUGCAAAGCUAGGCUUAGGCUCCUGGCCCCUCAGUCCCAAACCAUGGGCCUCUGCCGUGGGUCCAAACAGCAUCUGUCCUCUGCAUGGGGCGCAGGCCCAUGAGGCCUCAUCAUGCAUCCACCUGGUCUGCAUGGCACAAGCCGAGCAUUCCAGCCGCCUUGAAGAAUCUCUAGGCCUUCUCGCAGUAGCCAGGUAGGGUCAUUGCUAAAUGCCUUCCUAGGCCCUUGGAAUGUGACUGAGUCUCCAUGUGCUUUCCUGGGGUUCCCUGUUCUUCCCUGGGGCCCUGAUAGGCCUGGGCUUCACUGGGGCCCUAACAGGCCUGGGCUCCCAUGUGGUUAAGAUGGGCCUCGGGAGAGUAACAAAGGGCACUGGGCAGCAGGCAGCCAUGGCUCUGUGUAAGCAGUGUCCUUCCCAGGAGUUGUGUGUGUGAAAUGAGGCAACCCCAGAUGUAAGGCAUGAUCCCCCUCUCCUGCCCAGGGGUUUAUAUAGGUCCCACCCCUCCAGUGCAUGGCUGUUAUAGAAUGUUCCAUGUCUUAUAAACAUGGGACUAGCAUUUUCCAAGCCUCUGAGACAUGGGACCAAGUAGAGACCCAGCUGUGGGUGUGGCAAGGAAAUGGGAAGGCCCACAUGUCUAGUGGGAAAAUCUAAACUUCCCCUCAUGCUGUGUGUAUGGGAGGCAGGAGAUACAGCCUUCUAGUGGCUAUGAGACUGAUGAGACACACAAAUUCUUGAGUAUGUGGGAGCGCUAGGAUACAUCACCACUGCAGUGGAAGUUAGGGAAUUAACCACAUCCCAAGGGUGUGCAAGUAACAGGAUUCAGCAUGUCUUGUAUGUAUGGGAGUGCCAGGAUACAUCCAGUCUCUAGCAUGUGGGAGUGAUGGGAUACACUGUGUCUCGGGUUUGUAGGAGUUAUGGGAUACACCGUGUCUCAAGUAGGACUGAUGGAAUACACUGUGUCUUGAGUGUGUAGGAGUGAUGGGAUACACUGUGUGUCGAGUGUAAAGGAGUGAAGGGAUACACCGUGUCUUGAGUGUGUAGGGCUGAUGGCAUACACCAUGUCUUGAGUGUGUAGGGCUGAUGGGAUACACCGUGUCUCAAGUGUGUAGGAGUGGUGGGAUACACCGUGUCUCGAGUGUGCAGGAGUGAUGGGAUACACUGUGUCUCGAGUGUGUAGGAGUGGUGGGAUACACUGUGUCUCGAGUGUGCAGGAGUGGCUGGAUACACUGUGUCUCGAGUGUAUAGGAGUGGUGGGAUACACCAGGUCUCGAGUGUGUACCAGCGAUGAGAUAUACUAUGUCUCAACAGUGUAAUAGUGACAGCAUAUACCACUUGUCCAGUGUGUGGGAGUGGCAGGCUACACCAUGUCUUGCGUAUGAGAGAGUGACCAGAUACACCUGAUCUGUGUAUUAGUGGUGGGGUUCUGGGUUCAGCCCGGUUAAGGUUUUUAAAAAUCUAGCAAGCUGUUAUGACAUUAAACCGUCAUUUGUGGUUUGAGGUUUUGCAUCAAGUUGUGGCUUGUGAUUUCAUGUAACAAGCACCAUUAAUAAAACCACUGAACCUUGUAUAAAACACACAGCGAGGGGGAACACCAAAAGUAUGGCCACAGAGAGUGAUUUUAAAAAGUUCCUUUAUUCCCUUUCCAUUUAUGUGCACAAAGUUGUAUAAAGGGAAAGGUCCCUGUCUGAGAGCCCUUUCUAUCAGUGCAGGGUGUCGCCCUGCCCUCGGGGGUGGGAAGACCAAGCCCGGGGGAGCAACCAGACAGUUCUGUCUCAAUUGCUCUCCAUCUCAUUUUCAUUUUUGGAAAAGUCAGUAUUAUUCUUGAGAGGAAAAGUUUAGUAAUGUGAUCAGUGCAGUGAUGUCUGCCUGAGUCUGCAGAGAGCCUGAAAUCAUAGUGCUGAGGUGUGAACUAUCCCUUUCAUCUCAGUGGUUGUAACUCUGAUGCCAGUGACCACUAUUUCACUGCUCAUGAAAGUAUGUGUGAAUGGAGGGAGCUGAUACUGAUAUGAAGAUCUUUAACAUUCAAUAUUGAAUAGAAAUCAUUCCUUAAAAUAAAAAUGUAAGGACACGAUUUCAUUUCAUUUCAUUACAAAUCUAAAAGCUGGGCAGGGCAGGGUGGGGGCGCACAAGUGAUUUCAUUUUCAUGGGGGUGGCAGGGGAGGGCUCAACUUUCCAAAGUUUGGGGAAUGCUGCUUCAGAGUGUAGUCAAUGUCUUUCUGGAGGGAAAAGGGAAUAGAUUAGUUACAGACUAUAACUCGUGGGUUGCUGAUGAUAAAAUUGAAGUCUGAUUCUUUUUAAGACAAAACGAAACAAAACACACAAAGAAAGAAAGAAAAAGAAAGAAAGAAAGAAAGAAAGAAAGAAAGAAAGAAAGAAAGAAAGAAAGAAAGAAAGAAAGAAAAAGAAAAUACAUCUUUUGUGUUUCUGUGACUUUUCACUGGCAGCUUAGCUGUUGCAAAGUCAUCGGUGCAGCACACAGUCUCUCUGGUCUCUCCAAGACCUUGCAAACUUCCAUCCAAAUCGGAUGUUUAAGUUAUUAGGUCAGAGCCUCAGCUGGUGUAAAUGGACAUAAUUCCGUUUAGUUUAAUGGUGCUAUGCUAAUUGACCUCAGCAAGGAAUCUGGCCCCUUGCUUUAGCCUGCCUUACUGAACACUCCAAUGACAUGCUGAUAAAUGCUGGACUGGCCAUUAUGCCAGACUCUUAUUAGACAGAAGGUGAAAAAAGAAAGAUAGGACAGAGAGAGGAAUAAGGUGAGGAGGGAAAAUGAUGCAGGAGAGAGGGGGUGAGAGUGGGGAGGGAGUGGGGUGAGAUGGGUCCCAGGGGUUGUCAGAACUCAGCCAAACAUGAUGGACGUGGUGAUAUCUCCUCACCUGGUCAGCAUCUUUCAGGAUCAAUGCAAUGGCAACCUAGAUUCUGGGGUCAGAGGUGCGGGAGGCAGUGAUGCAGGGACACACUCCCUCUUUAGCCAGUUGGCUCCUUCAGGGUGUCCAGUCUGAAGCACAGGCAGGCAAGGUAACUGCUCAUUAGCUAAGGAGAAAUUGUUUUUCUGAUUGUUGUUCAGCACUUUUGCAGGGGGCAGAGUGGUGCUUUAUAAUAAUAAUAAUUAAUUAUUAUUAUUAUUUUAUUUUAUUUUAUUUGUUAAAUAAGUUGCCAAGAGGCCUCCCCCAUCCCCCACAUACCAGUGUCCUGGAAGGAGUGGCAGCCCAGUCCCAUCAGAAUUCACCAGUCAGAACACACAUCUGGGGAUUCCGGUUAUGAACAUGUCCUGUCAUUCUAACAUCAUCUUGGUUUGUUGCCAGAGCAAUUCUGGGGCCUGCCCAAUAUAUUUUGACAACAUGUGGUGAGUUCUUGUCUCUAAAGAAAUCCACUGCAAUCAUUGUCUUUGUCUCCAAUUUAUUUAUAAAUUGCUUUAUAGAACAGGUUGAACUAAACUUUAGUUCCCUUUCUUCUGUGAAAGUGACAGUACACCAUCUCUCGAGUGUCCAGGAGUGACAGGAUACCCUGUAUCUUGUGUAUGCAGGAAUGACAGAAUACACCAUGUCUCGAGUGUGUGGGAGUGAUGGGAUACACUGUCGUGUGUGUACAGGAGUGACAGGAUACACAGUGUCUUGUGUGUGAGGGAGUGACAGGAUAUACCAUGUUUCACAUGUGCAGGAGUGAUCGUAUACACCGUGUCUCAUGUGCAGGAAUGACAGGGUGCACAGGGUCUUGUGUGUGACACAGUGACAAGAUAUACCAUGUCUCGUGUGUGCAGGAGUGAUAGGAUACAUCAUAUCUUGUGUGCAGGAGUGACAGGAUACACCGUCUCUUCAAUGUGGAGGAAUGAUUAAAUUCACCAUGCCUAGUAAAUGGAUUUCAUGGGAAGUCUCCCAGGCAGGUGACUCUUGCUGGGGAUAGAGUAUCCCUGCCUACACUGGCUUCCCUGGACUGAGGGGUCUGCAGUUAGAGCAACUCGGACAGAUAGACCCUACUGACAGUGACUCUGCUUGAGGGUCUGAUCUUCACAGUGCUGUAGUCUUCCCACCUGUCACCUGGUGAGAUGGAGGCUUAGUUAGUGACUCUCACAGAGAGAGGCAUCCUCCGCCAGUAACUCCCCCGGUUCCUAGGAUUCUCCUGAAAGAGAGUCAGCAUCGCUGAUCAAUGACCCCCACAAAGUCAUAGUGACAGAGUUUAAGGCCAGAAGGGCCCACCAGAUCAUCUGAUCUGACCUCCUUUAUGUCCCAGGCCACCAACGCCACCCAGACCCCGCAUGCUAACCAACAACCGCAACGAGACCAAAGUAUUGCAGCCCCCAGGAGAGGAAACUGUUAUGUACCACAGACAGAGAAAAGGAGGGACUGAGGCCCCUGCAAUGGCAGGGAAGUGCUAAGUGAGAAAUACCCAGAUAAUCCUGGCACCCACACUGCCAAGGAAGGCGAAAAGCCCCACGGUCACUGCCAAUCUGACUUGGGGGAAAAUUCCUGCCUGACCCCACCAAUGGCAAUCAACUAGACUCUAAACAUGUGAGCAAAAACCAGCCAGCUAAGCGCCCAAGAGAGAGAAUGCUCAGUGCCCUGGCCCUCCCUGCUCAAUACCCCAUUUCCAUCCCGGGCCACCCUGAUGCUUCAGAGGAAGGAGAGUCAAUUCAACAAAAACUCCAUGGGGGGGAUCCGUCCCUGACUUCUCCAGGUGGCUGGCUCAAGCCCUGAAGCAUGAGCUUUUAGGACCAUAAGACAUAAACCAGAAGGGAGAUCCUGGGGCUGCCAAGCCCUGUUCCCCCACCACCACAAGCAACCCCAUCACACAAUCGCACUCAUUGCUUUAUCCAGCUCUCUCUUGACACUAAUUGAGUUGUUUGCCCCCACAACUCCUAUGGGGAGGAGGUUCCAGAGCCUCACCCCUCUGAUGAUUUCCAGACUGAAUUUGUUCAUGGCCAGUUUAUAUCCAUUUGUCCUUGUGCUAACACUGUCCUUUAGCUUAAAGAGCUCUUCCCCUUUCCUGGUACUUAUCCCCUGAGUGGAUUUAGAGAGAGCAAUCAUAGCCCUUCUUGGCUUCUUUGUGCUAAUCUACACAAGGCAAGCUCUUCCAGUCUCCUCUCCUAAGACUCCUCCAUUCCCCUGACCAUCCUAGGAGCUCUUCUCUGCACCUGUUCCAGGUUGAAUACACCUUUCUUGACCAUGGGUGACCAGAAUUACAGAGUGUUUCAGAGGAGGGCUUACCAGUGCCUUGUGCUGAUUAAUACUUCCCGAUCUCUACUGGAAAUGCCUCGCCUGAUACAGCCUAGGAUCACAAUUGCCUUUUUCACAACUGCAUCCGUUAGUGUCUCAUAGUCAUCCAGUGAUCAGCUCACACUCCCAAGUUUCUGUCCUCCUCUGUUGCUUGUAACUGAUGAGCCUCCAACUUGCAGCAGAAAUUCUUAUUAUUAGACCCCUAAGUGCAUGGCCUUGCAUUUUGUGUUAUUCAAUUUCAUCCCAUUUCUGUCACUCCCAUCUUCAAGGCCAUCCAGAUCUUCCUGUAUAAUAUUCCAACCCUCCUUGGUGUUUACACUGCCUCCCAAUUUUAUAUUAUCAGCAAAUUUCAUUAGCACUCUCCUACUUUUUGAGCCAAAGUCUCAAUAAUAAAAGUAUUGAAUAAGAUUGGUCCCGAGACUUAUCCUUGAGACACUCCACUAGUCACCUCUUUCCAGUCCAAUAAUUCACCUUUCGGCAAAACCCAUUGCCUUCUCCCCUUUAGCCAGUUUCUUAUCCACCUUGUAAUGCUUGUGCUGAUACCCAUCUUCCCUAAUUUAACUAAUACUUUCCUAUGUGGUGCUGUGUCAACUGCUUUACCACAGGCCAAGGAUAUCAGAUGUACUGCACUUACCUUAUCUAAGGAAAUCACUUAUUUUCUCAAAGGCAAAAAUCAAGUUAGUCUGGCACGAUCCACCUUUCAGAAACCCGUGUUGCAUUCUAUCCCCUCCAUCUUUUACCUCCAUGAAGUUAAUUAUUCUUUCCUUCACAAUUUGUGCUAAAGCCUUGCAUACUACUGAGGUCACACUAAAAGGUCUAUAAUUGCUCGGCUCACUUUUUUCCCUUUCUUAAACAUAGGUGUUCUCCAAUCACAUGGUACUGCCCCCAAACAGCUCGAUUUAUUCAAAAUCCUUGCUUCUAGACUAGCAAUCUCAUGUGCCAGUUCUUUCAGUAUUCUGGGGUGGAAAUUAUCCAGGUCCCCUAAUUUGAGCACAUUAAGCUUGUUAAGUUUUAUUCCACCACAUUUGUGGUAAUGUCCAUUCCUAGAUACUCAUUUCCAUCUGAUUUCAUGCACGUGUUCCCUAUUAUCAUCCUAAUUGAAAACGAAGGCAAAGUAUUCAUUUAGUUUUGGGGCCAUAUCUCGAUUAUCUGUAAUCUCUUUCCCAGGCACACUGCACAGCAGUCCAAUCUCCUCCUUCCUUAGUCUUUUUAUUUAUAAAACUAAAAAAAUCUCUUAUUAUUUAUUUCAAUUUCAUUGGCAAGAGCUACUGCAGCUUGACUUUUAGCAAUUCUUUUUAGUCCUACAUUUUCUAACCUCUGCGAGGUAGAUUUCUUUGCUGAUCUAGCUCUUUGUCCAUUCCCUAGAGGCUCUCUGCUUACUCCUCCUGACCUUUUUGAGGUGGUUAUUCAUCCAGCUGGGGCUGGAGCCUUUCUCUACAACUUUUCUCCCUUUGCUUGGGAUGCAAAUUGCAGAUCAUUUUUGUACAGUUGAUUUGGAGACAUUCCAAACCUCUGAAUUGAAGUGCUUGAGCUUGUCAGUCCAGUCUCUGAUUCCCUAAAUCUGCCUUUUGGAAAUCAAAUCCCAUAGCUGAGGACCUGGUUUUGAUGAUCCUUCCAUUUAAUUUAAACUGAAUCAGCACGUGAUCACUCAAUCCAAGGUUAUGUUCUACAACCAGCUCGUCUACAGUAUCCUCACUGCUUACUAAAACCAGGUCUGAAAUUGCAUCACCUCAUGGUGGUUCAGUGACAGUUUUAUGAAGAAACCUCUCAUAUAUCACAUCCAGGAAUAACCGGGCCCUACCAGUAUUAGUAACAUUUAUUUUCCAAUCUGUACCUGGAAAGUUAAAGUCUCCCGUAAUGACACAAUGAAGAGAGAGGGGUCUCCAGGUCAUGACCCCACAGAGACAGUGGGGAUCUCCCUAGAGGCACGCUGACCUCACAUGUGCUCCUGGGGCCAGCUCAUUGUAGCACUGAACAAUCAACAUCAAAGGUCCUUUACAUCCACCCAUCCAGCCCUCCAACCGCCCCUCUCCAGUUCCUUGCUGCUAAGUCCUGUGCAGCCCUGCCUGGAGCACAAGUCACCAUUACCCCUUUAGGUGCCCUGGGCAGUGUGAGCAGCUUGGUGGACACAAGAAGGUUUGGGGGAAUCCAGUAACAGCCAGGGGCCUGGGGAGACAGUGGGGACCAGGUAUGGCAGGGAGUUGGGGUGCUAGGGGAAGAGGCACCGUGGAUGGUAGCCUGGGGGCGGGGUGCUGAAGGUUGUUAUGGGCAGUGGGACCCGACUGGGGGAGCUAGGGGAAGCCUCCCACCCCCCUUUGGACCCAUCCCCCAUUCUGUGCCCCCAGCCCCGCUCCUGUUGUCCUUCACCUCCCUAACAGCUGCCGCCUCCUCCUCCUGGACUCCCACUGCCAGCGGGUGGAGGGGUGGCAGGAAGCUGCUGCAGUGGCCACUGUAGCCAGGAGCAGGAGCUGCAGGCCACACUUGCUGGAUGCCUGAGAUCUCCCUGUGUGCGAUGCCAUCAAAUGCCAUGUGCCAUGUCAAAUGCUGGAUCACCUCCCCUGGUCUCCCUCAGCCCGGGCCUUCCCUAGGCCCCCCAGCCCAGCCAGCCAGGGCUUCCUCUGGGACCUCCCAGCCCCACCAGCCAUGGCCUCCCCUGGGACUUCCAGCCCAGCCAGCCAGCCAGGGCCUCCCUUGGAUCCCCCAGCCUGGCUAGCCAGGGCUUCCCCUGUGUCCCCCUAGUCCUGCCAGCCAGGGCCUCCCCUGGCACCCCCCACCCCAGCUAGCCAGGGUCUCCCCAGGCACCUCCCAGCUCAGCCAGCCAGGGCCUCCCCUGGGCCCUCCCAGACCAGCAAGGCAGGGCCUCCCCUGCCCCCAGCCCCAGUCUGGCCAUCCAGGGCUUCCCCUGGCCCCCCCCCAGCCCAGCCAGCCAGGGGCUCCACUGGGCCCCUCCACCCCCCAGCCCAGCCAGCUAGGGCCUCCCCUGGGUCAGACUUGCCCCAGAGGCAGUCCAUUCCUUGCCCUGCUAUUAGUGAGUCCCCCAGAGAGCAAGUGUGAAUCCCACCCUGACCCGGCCUGUCACUGAGCGCAAGGGCCAGCGGUUCAUGAGAAUGGGACAGCUGUGUCCCCACAGCAGCCCAGUAAUCCGAUGUGCUCUCCACACCACUCCCUGCUCCACCACCCCCAGCAGCUCCUGCUGCCCUGGGACCUGGGAAUGGCCCCAUCAGUCCCUCACCCCUGCACUGGCAGGUUUGGUCUUUGAGGCCUUCACCAUGACCCACUAUGGCCCAGAGCGGCCACUGGAGGCUCCCCGUGGCACAUAAGGAAUGUGACUGCUGCUGCAGCUGCUCUGGCUCCGGGCGUCUCCCAGCCCAGGUGUCAGACCUGAGCUCCUGCACCUGCUGCGGCGUAGUCCACCCAGCCACCUUAACACAGACCCCAUCACCAUGAGCCUGUGGGGUCCUCAGGGCUUCCCUACGGUCCCUGUGGUGCUAGCUCCUGCAGCGGUGGAGUGCAGUGGAGGGUGAAUUCCUGGGCCAGGAUGUAAUUGGGAUGUCUGGACAAUCCCCACCUCUCUCUGGCUAGUUUUUCUGUUCAGCCUAGUGUGCAGCCACCGGGGCUGGUAACAGCCAUGCACAGCAAUGAGACACGACCCAUCGCACGAUCUAUGGGGUGGCACAUGAGCUCAGCGGCUUCUGGCUCUGCAGCCAACCCGCCAUUCGCUCUGCUACAGAAAUGAGCAGCCAGCCAGAAAGUUUCCUUCCAUGAGAGGCCUGCAGUGAGGGCAGGCGAGUGACAGCCGGGGAAACGCAGUAGCCAAAGGAAGCCACUCUGUUCCACGGCUCCUGGUCCCACAGCUACUUCCUCACUGGGACCCCUGGCUGUGACCCGCAAUGAGCUCCAAGCAACCAACUCUCCUGGCCCAAGCCAAGAUGCCACUGGCAAGGGGGCUCUGUGUUCUACAGCGCCCCCCUGGGUCUGUGCCCUCAGGUGAGGCAGGCUGGGAGCUCGCCAGGUGCAGCUGCCCCUAGCUUCCCACUAGGAGCCUGAUUUUCCCCCCACACCUCUCCGAACAACCAGCCUUCCCCCAGGGUGCUGCACCCCUGAGCCUGACGGAGCCCAUCUCAGCCCAGGGUGCAGUCUGGGGCCUGCACACUCUAACAGUGGUUUGUUCUGUGGCCUUGCUGGGAAGAGAGGCCUCCAGCAGCCUGGGAGGCAUUAGUGGGGCAAUCAGUGGGGGCCACACACUCAUGUAGGCGAGGGACAGAUUAACUGGGGCUCCUGGGAGCAGCGGUCUCUAUAGCAGGCCCAGGACAGCUGGGGCAGGGGUCUGAGGGGACGAGGCCAGAUCCUCCUUGCCAUGACCCAGAAGGGAAGCACUGGAGCCUGGCCAUUGGUCUGGCCUGAGGCUGGUGGGGUUUGGACAGGGCUGAGGAAAGCCACAGACCCAACCUCCUGCAUGCUGGGCCAGCAGAGGAUGUUCUGAGCAGAGCAGGGCACAUCCUGAACGUGGCAGGGGGCAGGACUUGGUUCCCCUUGGUGGUUCCCUGUGGCCUUAGCUGAGAUGCCCUCCAGCUCCGCUGGCUCCGUAUCUACACCCAGCAAUGUAAACCCUUUGAAAAGAGAGCUGCUGCUGCCUCUGGGCAUUGGGUGGGCAGGACAGCAAAGAGGCUUGGGUGGAGUGGUGUGGUGGGGACACAGGCUGGGGCAGGAGGCUGAAUGGCAGGAGCUAUGCUGUCUGUUCUUAGCGUAGGGGCCUGAAGGAGGAGAGGGUGUAGGACAGGAGGGUGGCAGGAGACGAGGGCUCAGGGAAGCCCAUUGUAUCGGAGCGGGAGGGAGGGAAGGGCACUUGCAAAGGUGGUGCCCAGGUUGAAAAGAGCCUGGUGUAAAGUGGAUGCUACCAUGAUAUACAUAGAAAAUAAUGGCCAGUUCCCGGGGAAAGCAUUGAUUCAGUUUUUGCAUGUCCCAGGGCCUGUCCUUCUCAAUAGCCUCCUGUCACCGCCCCCUGUAUCCCAGCAUGUACCCCUGGGCAGCCUGGAAGUCUGAGCUCUGCUGCCCCAGCGCUAGUACUCGUGCCAUCUGCACAGCUGGCUUUCCUUAGGUACAGGCUCCUGGGAAGAGGCAGUGAGAUCAGCAGGGUCCACAGGUGAGAGGUGGGGGUUCUCCCAACAGCAGCUGUUCCAGGGUUAAGUGAAGCAAGUGAACUCCUGUGGCUCCAUUUCCAUACUGACCCCGGGAACUCGCCUGAGCCCAGCUCCUGCAGAAACACGCAACAAACCCAGCAAUGUGAGGAGCAGGUUGGAAGCCAGGAGGGGUGGAGGGUGGUGGGCAUGACUGCCCAUGGCUGGGUUCAUCAUUGGUCUGCCCGCUGGUGGGGUCACCACUAAUCUGCCCGGUGCUGGGGGAGCAUUGGACCAUGCAGAUUCUGACUUGAGGACAGGGUGGAUGACAGCAGCAUGGCCCUUUUCCACAUCGCAUGCCAGGCUGUAUCUGCGCUUAGUGCCCACAGUGCCCCGUGUGGCUGGGGGGAGGAGACUCCUGCGUUGCUGACUUUGGCAGCUGGCCCCCCCUUCGGAACAGGCUCUGUGUUCGUCCCAGCUGGCGCUGAGCUCUCAAAAUUACCGGAAAGCCAUAUUUGUACCAUGCUCAGAACACUUGGUUUGGGUGAGCAGUGGGGCAGGGUGGAGGGCGGCCGUUGAGUGUUGUGCUGUGUUCUUGUAUGUACAUAAAGGGGAUACAACCAACGUCAGUGUUACUUUAUAACCUUUCUAAUAUCCUGUGCUAAUCUCAGAAAAUAGUCCUAUCAAUAUAUCUGGAUUGUACAUGUCA